AUGGAUGAAAAUAACGUUCCACAAAUGUCUGAACAUUUAUCAGGAAAAUCAGAUGACGAAUCUGAUGGCAAAUUUCUUAUUGCUAAGCCGAGUGGAACUCACAAAAUCAAUGUUCUUUCAGACGAAGCAGAAAGUAACGAAGCAACUCCAGAAGUUCUCUUCCCAGCACUUGACUCAGUCGAACAAUUAGGAACUGAGGGGAGGUUAAGCACUGUUCAGAUCGCUCAAAUGAAGCACCGUUUUUUUAAACUUCGCGGCCUACUAUCCAAAAUAAGAAAUAACGAAUUCAAUUUAAUAAAGUUAUCUAGAAAUUGGGCAGUUCAUCUGGAUAGCUUGAAUGAAUCAUUAUCCAAAGCUGACAAAUAUCCCGAAGGCUAUAACACAAAAGCGGAUACAUUACGUCAGCAACUUUUGAAUGCAAACAAUCGUCUACUACAAAUUAGCGAAAGAAAUGAUGCAUUAAAUUAUACCAUUGAAAGUUUGAAAGAUGAAAAACGUAUACUACAAAAUGAAUAUAAUCGCAUGCCUAAAGAAGAGGAUAUCAUAAAUAUGCGCGAAGAAUUAGAAAAAUCUGUUAGUGAAGUUAAAAAAGAAAUAAACAGACGAUCUGGAGAAACUCGACAAUUGACACAAACAUUAAAAGAUACCAAGGAAAUGUUAGGACAAGUAACUAAACUGAAGAAUGACGUCGAAGAACAGUGUCAAAAUUUAGUGUCAGAAAGUGUAGCAAUUCAAUCAAAACCGUUACAAAUAAUGAAGGAAAGUGAUAAGUUGCAAGCACAAAAAGAUGAAGUAGAACGCUUAAAAACUGAAACGCUAGGUGAACAGUCGAAAUUACAAGAUGAAAUGUUAUCACUAGAGUCACUUUAUUUACAACUUGAACAAGAAAGUGUUAAAUUAAAAACUCAGUCUGCCAAAAGACAAAAGAAACUGGAUGAUCUACAAUCACAAUAUGAAGCUGUCAAUGUGCAUAUUUGUCAACUAGAACAGAAAAAUUCAGAAAUGACAUUACAAAAAACGGAAAAGGAACUGGAAAUGGACCAUUUAAAACAAGAACUUUUACAGUUGAAAGAUCGUAUCAAUCAACAAACACGUUGGCGCGAAGAAUUUAUUCGUAAAGCACGUAAAGCUGAUACUAUACUACAGACAUUAAAAGAAUCUGUUAAGUUUACAAUGAAAACAUGUGCUGAAAAACACAUGAAUUGUUUAGCUGUGAAACAAGCUGGCCAAGAUACUGAACUAUUAAAGAAACGCACUCAAUUAACUCAUGAUAUAAAGAGACUUAAAGAAAUGUUAGUAAGUCAGUGUCAACUUACUGAAGUGGAACAAACCAAACUACGUCAAAGUUUACAGCAAGUGGAUCAAAUGAAUUAUGAUUUGGCUAACUUACGUAUUGCACUUGUGGAGUUGACACGUUUAAUCACUAUCAAAACAGAUGAAAGAGAACAGAAAUCAAGAGAUCUUUUACUUGCUCAAUCACGAUAUACUCGUAUACAAGAUGAUAUUAAGUCAAAAGAACUGCAAAUAAAUGAAUAUGAAAAAUCUCUGUAUGGUACACAGAAAAAAUUGAAAGAUUUUGCUCAGUUGUAUGAAACAGUUAAAGAAGAACGUAAUAACUGUCUAGGCUUUAUUCAAUUAGCUAAUCAACAUAUACAAGAAUUAAAUGAAAAAAUACGGAUAUCUGCAAAUGAAAUAGAAAUUUUGAAGAAUAAUUUAGCUCACAAAGAAGAUCUAUUAACUAAACAAAGAAAUAAAAUUGAAAAAGCUAUUGCAGCACGUGAUCUUCUACGCAAUGAAUUUUCGAAACUGAGUUGUACAAUUGAAGAUAAUGAAGCACAAAAGGAGCGAAUGAAACAGUCGAUUCAAAGACAAAAUGUCAUAAUUACACAAACAACAAGGCAAUUAGAAGAUUUAAAAGAUUCCAUAGGUCAUGUAAUCAAGUUACGUAACUGUCGAGCGAUUGAGCUAGUUGAACGUAAUGAAGAAUUCUGUGUUCUACAGGAAAAAUUGAAUCUACAAAAUCUCACCCUUCAUAAAGGUGAAGUUGAAAUGAACAAAUUAGGCGAAGAAAUAAGAUGUUUACAACUAAUUAAGAACGAUUUACAUAGAACUAAUGAAUCAUUGAGAAAAGAGGGUAAAGAAAGAGAAAAACUACAAAAUGAAAUACUGUCUAGUCAACUACAGUUGGCCGUAUGUCAAAAUCGUGUAACACGAUUAGAAAACUCCGCCACUUCACCGACAGCAUUUUUAUUGGAUAGUGAAACAGGUCUUGCAGUUAAACAAGAUUUAAUUAAAUGCAAAGAUAAAAUAAAUACCAAUAUUGUAUUGUAUGAAUCACGUGUAAAUGAGUUAAGCGGUAAACAUGAAGAUUCAGCUGAAUUAAGACGUAAAAUUGAUGCACUUGAAGUUCAGAUAUUUGGUCGUGAGAAAAAGUUAUUAGAGCUAAAUUUAUUGUUGGAUGCAGUUGAAUGUUUGGUAAAUAAACUUGAUAAACAAGUUAAUAUGGGCAAGGAUGUAACAUUAACCUUGGCUAUCAGAACAAAUGAACAAAAGGUUACUACUAUUCAAGCUACUAAACGUCUAAAAGCAAAAACAGCUGAGGUAACCAUGUUGAUGACUACAACACUUGAACUUGAACGGCAAGUAGAGGGACGUCGAGCUUUUCUUAAAGAGUGUUAUCGACGCAUGAAGGCUGGGAAUCCUCCCACAGAUGAUAUAAUUAGAGAAUUAGAAAAAUAUAAUAGAGUGAUUCAGUGGAAAUGUAAAAGAGCGAUCUCAAAGGCUUUAGAAUCGGAUGAAUACUGGACUACAGCACCAGAAAGACCUAACGUCUAUGUGAUGCACCGUAAUGUAGCAAAUAAACCCAAUGAAAGCCCACCAAAUCAAGUCUCAAAUCCUGCAAGUUCAGAUGAUCAAAUAUCUAGUCAAAAAAUGAACCUACUUUUAAUACCAUAUGGAGCUCAUGCACCAUUUCGACCUAGUGACCCUAGUUCACAUAUGCGUCAUUUUCGAAAGCCGGAGUUGAAACCGAUUGACACUUAA